AUGCUAUCUCCGACAAAGCAGCUUCUUGCGCUGCUGCCAAAGUCGAGCUCCAAGUCGCGACAGGACGCAGCGACGCCAGUGCAAGCAACCUCUCAGCGAUGCUCGCGCGCGAAGACUACCUCUGUUCUUGAUCAUGAUGCUAACACAUGUUCGUACCACCAGGUCAUCGUCGCGCUCAGCAAUCUGCAAGGCGGCCUCACCCAUGUCCAGAACGGCCUCAAUGACCUCCUGCGCGCCUACAUGCAACACACGGCCUCGAUCCUCGCCGGCGAAGAUGGCGACCUCGACAAGCUCCAGAUUCCUACCACCAUCGCUGCGACUGCUAGCGCCGCCAUGGAAGCUGCAACGACCGCUGCCAAUGGCGUGACGCAGGUCAUCAACACCGUGAACCCCGUUGGCACUGCUGCUACCGAUGGCAAGAGCAAGAAGCGCAAGCGUGAGAAGAAGGAGAAGGAUCCAAAUGCCCCCAAGAAGCCGCUCACGGCUGCCUUCUUGUAUCAUCAGCAUGCGCGGCCCGUUGUGAGGUCGGAUCUCGAAGCUGCGCUGGCUCCCGGUCAAACCCUUGAGAAGAACGCGGUUCAGAUCGAAGUAAACAAAAGGUGGAACGAACUCCCCGAAGAGGAGAAGGAGCAAUGGAAAGCGUCUUACCGCAACUCGAUGGAGGAGUACAAAGUCGAGCUAGCCGACUACCUUGCCAAAAAUGGCGCGAAAGUUGCCGACAUCCACGAGGACGAAGAAGCCUCCGACGAGGCCGAAAUCGAAGUAGACGUAGGCGCUAUUGACAGCGACGCCUCCUCUGAGGACGAAGAGGAAGCGCCGCCCGUCACAAAAGCCCCUUCUCCCCCCGCAAAGACACCCCGCAAGCGCCAGAAGACCACCCAAACGCCCGCUGUAAACGGAGCCUCCCUUCCCGUCCACAUCGCGCCAGCUACAAGCAGUGCUACCCCCGUUCCCCUUCCCUCGUCUCGUACCGCUACCCAAGUCCCCCCUCCCACGUCAAGUGCCGUCGCCGAGACACCAGCUAAAAAGGACAACAAGAAGAAGAGAGCAGCACCUCAACCCAUCGCUCCCGCACCUGCUGCUGCUGCCGCCGCCGCCUCCUCACAACACGAGCCUAGCCCCGAAGAAAGCGGCGGGGGCAAGAAGAAGGGCAAGAGUAACCGCAGCACGCGGAACGCCGAGGUUGAAGGUGACAAGGAGAACGCGGUCCAGGAGAGGACAGCUGCUGGGAAAAAGGAGAAGCGUGAUCGCAGUAGUAAGAGGAAGAGUGAGGCUGCUUCUACCUAA